ACCGUCGUUGUAGAAAGUACGCAGACAGACAGACGGCGGCGUUCGGACAGCACCACCGACGAAGAAGAGAAGAAAGAAGAAUUCGGACAUGGGCGUGCCUUCCUUCUACAGAUGGUUAGUAAACAAGUACCCCAAAGUUGUAUCAGACGCUGAAGAAGAUCGACGAAGUUCCGACAAUGGAGGCCUGGAGUUCGAUAAUCUCUACCUCGACAUGAACGGGAUCAUCCACCCCUGCUUUCAUCCCGAAGAUGAUGUUUUCCCUCCGACGUCGUUUGAGGAAGUGUUCAGGCGUGUCUUCGAUUACGUUGAUCGUCUCUUCGCCAUUGUUAAGCCACGGAAGCUUCUGGUCAUGGCCAUCGACGGAGUUGCUCCUCGAGCCAAGAUGAAUCAACAAAGAGCGCGACGAUUUCAUACUUCGAAGGACAAUCAAAUGGCGGAAGAAAUUGAACAAAAAUUAAGACAAGAGUUUGAGAAGCAGGGGAAAAUGUUGUCACUUAAAAAACAAUCCGACGUUUCUGAUUCAAAUAUCAUCACUCCCGGGACUGAAUUUAUGCACAUGUUGUCCAAGAAGCUUCAAGAGUACAUCAAGUCUCGAAUAUUCGGCGGUGAUCGAGCUUGGGCAAACAUUAAGGUUAUUUUAUCGGAUGACAAUGUUCCCGGCGAGGGGGAACACAAAAUAAUGUCCUUCAUACGCGCACAACGGUCGUCGCCGGGUUACGAUCCCAAUACACGACAUUGCCUUUAUGGUUUGGAUGCGGACUUGAUCAUGCUUGGAUUGGCGACACACGAACUCCAUUUUUCUAUCCUUAGAGAGGAAGUAUUGUCCGCUGAUUAUCAACACCAUCGAGCACUUGCGUCUGUGAAUCCUCCGCAAGAAUCCGACAAGAUAGCAUGUAUUAAAAAGCAACCUUAUCAGUUCAUCAACUUAUGGGUGCUCCGAGAAUAUUUGGCGUUGGAAUUUUGUGAAAUAUGUGGCGAUAAUAUCGCCAACGUCGAUAGAAUGAUUGAUGAUUUCAUCUUCAUGUGUUUCUUAGUCGGAAAUGAUUUCCUUCCUCAUUUGCCGAGUCUUGAAAUUCGAGAGGGUUGUAUUGAUUUGAUGAUGAAAGUUUACAAGGAUAAUUUCGAGAGUUUCGGUGGUUACUUGGUCGACAUGCAACGGGUCGAUGACAAGAAAGGUGGAUAUAUAAAGCUAAAACGUGUCGAAAGGUUCAUACUCCUAAUCGGUGAGUACGAGGAAAAGAUUUUCAACAGAAGAUUGGAGAGUAGGGAUCGAUUGCUAAAACGAAUCAUUUCCGAAUACAGUGAUUCCAAAGAGGAGGAGAGCAUUGCACUAGAUGAGGGAUGGUCGUCGGAUAUCGUUUGUGCUAUCACGGAUCCGAUUGCUCUAGCAGCUUCGGUAAUCACCGAUGAUGAUGAGAUUAAAAACAUGAAGGAGCUAAAGCAAGCAAUACAAGAUAUUCGGAAGAAACAAUCCGAUUUGUUCAAAGAUGGAUUCAUUGGAACUGAUAAGGUGAAAUUCGGGAAAGAAGGAUGGAAAGAACGAUACUACCGGGUCAAAUUCAGCGCUCAAGACUCAGCCGAGGCUGAAACCAUUCGAAAAUCUGUGGUGGCAAAGUUUGGAGAGGGUCUUUGCUGGUCACUUCUUUACUAUUUUUCCGGAGUCCCUUCGUGGACUUGGUUCUAUCCAUAUCAUUAUAGUCCAUUACCGUCCGAUUUCAAGGGUCUUUCGCAAACAAAGGUGAAGUUUGAGAAAGGAUUGCCAUUUAAGCCCUUUGACCAACUGAUGGGUGUCCUCCCGCCUUCAAGCUCCCAUGCAUUACCGGUAGCAUACAAAGGGCUUAUGACCGAUCCAAAUUCUAGCAUUAUCGAUUUUUAUCCUACUGAUUUCGAGACGGACUUGGAUGGGAAGAGGUUCACUUGGCAGGGUGUAAGUAAGCUUCCGUUUAUUGAUGAAACACGUCUACUGGCAGAGACGAGCAAACUCGAGAAGGAGCUUGAGGACAAGGAGAAACUUAGAAAUUCGGAGAGCAUAAAUAAGUUGUUCUUGAGGAAAUGUAGUUUGGGCAACUCCGGAAGAACACCGUCCGAGAAAAUUAAGGAUGCGAUAAAGAUGGAGUGUACAAUCGAAGGACUAAAAGGAUUUGUACAUGUGAUGCCCCACGACUUGCUUAAAGCUGAUGAUGAAUGUUCUGGCUGGGAUGUAAUGUGUUCUUUCAUGCCCCACAACUUGGUUAAAGCUGACGAUGAAUAUUCGGGCCGGGAUGUAAUGUGUUCUUACAUGCCCCACGACUUGAUUAAAGCUGAUGAUGAAUAUUCCGGCCGGGAUAUAAUGUGUUUGUACCAUGAGGUCCGGGAAGAAUCCCAACACAUUCCUAGGCUUCUCGAAGGUGUAACAAUUCCGGGCCAGACCGUUCGACCGGAGGACAUAGAAGAAACGACACUAUGGCACGAGAGAGUUCAUCCUCAAAUUCCGACGAGACAAAACAGUAACGUCAAAGCAAGAUUGCCGCCACUCGGAAACUUUAAAGCUCCGGGAGGAGGCCGAGGAAGAGCAGGUUUCGAUAGAGCAAAUCAUGUCCCGGGACCCGGCAUUGGACAUCAGCAAAGAUUUGCCCCGAACUGGGGAUCGGGGCAUGGUUCAGUGCGGCGCAAUUUAAAUUUUGAUCAUCUUAGUAUAUCCGGUGGAAAUAGAUACGUUCCGGCCGGCGCCGCUGCAGCUGCCAUGCCGGACAGUUUCUCAGGGUUCCGCGGGAACAACUGGAAUGGUGCGGCGGCGAACAAUUUCCGGCAGUCCGGUGGGCGUGGACGAGGACGAGGACGCGGCGGUGUUCCGACGCCUAACAAACAGUGGAGGCCCCGAAAUCAGUUCUAGAGGAUGAUGAUGGUAUGUAUGUUUUGCAAGAACACAGGAUCUGUGUUAUUUUGUGUUGUUUUCUGAAUUUUGAUUGUGGUAUGUGUGUUUUGCAAGAACUGCCUGUUUCGUAAAAGCUUUGAACAGAGCUGUGUUGUGCUUGUAUUUUGAUUAUGGAUGUUAAGUUGUUUUGGAAUGAUUUUGGAU